GCGCGAUCAAGCGAAUUCGGAUUUGAGUGUAAGUAAUUACCAUGCUCAAGACAUUAUUCGGCUGUUUUUUCAAAUAGUUUCUCAUAGUCUUGUGGUUCACACGUUGUGGAGACUUUGCUGGCUCUACUGCCCAUCGAAUGAAGCAGUGAAAUGGUAUUUUAUCGAGGUAUCCAACAACACUGUCCGGCAUGAAUUAUGUUUUAUUCUUGUCCACUAUCAUCUGGCUUCCAUCACUGGCCUACGGGGAGCAGCCAAGCAUCAUUUAUGCAAAUAAACUUGACAUUCGCAAAUUCGAGAUUGGAGUUCCAGAAAAUGAGACGACGCUGCUUGGAGGACUACAGGGCGUUGUGUCCGUCGACUUCGACUGGCGGUCGCAGAAAGUUUUCUUCACAGAAAUUGCUGAUGUUAAUGAAAUAAGGAGUUUCAGUUUGCGAAAGAAAAAGAAAUCCCCGAAGGUUGUUAUCGAUGCACGAACAGGCCGCCCAACCGUGAUCGCGGUCGAUUGGGUGACGAAAAAGUUGUAUUGGACUGACGAUCAUAGAAAGAGGAUCGAGUUAGCAAAUUUCGAUGGUUCGCACAGAAAACUACUCAUCGACACAAACCUCGACCAGCCUAGAGCACUCGCAUUGCUGCCACAGAAAGGGUACAUGUACUGGAGUGAUUGGGGUGGCAGACCAAUGAUUAAGCGUGCCAAUAUGGACGGCACUGAUCAUAAAGUACUGAUAAACAAAGACAUUUCGUGGCCUAACUCUCUGGCUAUCGAUAUGACGACAUACACAGUGUACUGGGUUGAUGCGAGGUCGGAGUAUGCGGGAAUUUACAGUAUGGAUUAUAAUGGAAAGGACCGUAAAACCGUUCUUCGACACGUUAAUCUACGGCACCCUUUUUCAUUGACUAUUUCUGGGGACAUGUUGUAUUGGGCUGAUUGGAAAGCCCCACAAAUCAAUUCGUGCAACAAGAGCAAUGGCACUUUUGAAAGCGUGCUUGGAAAUAUUCAUUCGCCAAUGGGACUUGUCGCCCUGUCAGAGGAACGUCAACCAAGUGUUACCACUGAUUGUCACAAAAACAACGGAGGCUGCAGCCAUCUUUGUCUGCUGCGACCAAAUGGGUACUCUUGUGCUUGCCCUACUGGUAUUCGGCUACGAAGCGAUGGCAAGACUUGCGAGAAAGCGCUGGAGAAGUUCAUUGUCGUUGCAAGGAAGGCUGACAUCCGUAUCGUCUCACUUGAUGUUGAUCAGUAUGCAGAUGUCGUCCUGCCACUAAGAGGCAUCUGGAAUGCGUUUACUGUAGAUUAUGACAUUGUCGAAGAUUACGUGUAUUGGGCUGAUAACGACAAGAAGUGCAUCAUGAGAGCGCACCCGAACGGCACUAACACUCAGGUCAUUGCGGAUUACGAUGUACAGACGCCUGAUGGUUUGGCGUUUGAUUGGAUCGCGCGCAAUCUCUAUUGGACAGAUGCCGGUGAACACCAGCUCGCACCGGCGAGGAUCGAAGUUGCAAGAGCCAAUGGAACGUCGAGAAAAAUUUUGAUUGAAACUGACAUCGACGAGCCACGGGCAAUAGUGGUAGACCCAGCUGAAGGGUAUCUAUACUGGUCAGACUGGGGCGUGUAUCCGAAAAUUGAGCGUGCUGAUCUUGAUGGAAUGAACAGAAAGGUGCUCGUGAACACAAGUAUAAAAUGGCCUAAUGGCAUCGCUAUUGACUACGUCGAAAGGAAGUUGUAUUGGGGAGAUGCUGGAACAGACGAAAUAUCUUCAGUUAAUCUUGAUGGUACCAACAAGAAAGUUUUGAUAAAGAAACUGCCACACGUCUUUGGUGUCUCGAUACUUGGGGAAGAUAUAUUUUGGACGGAUUGGCAAUACAGAAAGCUAUCCAAAGCGAAUAAACAUAUUUUAAAGGAAGUUGAGAUAUUGAAAGACCAGCCUGAUCUGAUGGGUAUCAAGGCAACAGAAAGAGGCUUAAUUUAUGGAAACAACCCUUGCCAGUACAACAACAACCACUGCAGUCACCUGUGCUUUUUCACUUUGUCUAAAGCUAAAUGCUCCUGUCCUCUGGGAAUGGAGCUUGAUAAAGACGAGAAGACGUGUAUUGUUCCGGCUGGUUUUCUCCUAAUCAUGCAGCGAGACGACAUCCGUAGAAUCACUCUUGAUAUUUAUAAGCAGGACAUCAAGAUACCAUUGGCUGGAGUGCAAGAGGCCAAUGCAUUGGAUUUUGACCUCAGCGAAGAAAGAAUUUACUGGUCCGAUACUGGACGCUUUAGGGACAUUAAGAGGAGCGAGGAGAGGAUGUACCUUUCUGGCACUGGCCGCUUUAAAGAGAUAAAAAGUGCACAUAUAAACGGUUCUGGUUUAAAGACAGUAAUAAGGCAUGGGCUAGAAAUGCCAAUCUCUAUAUCUGUAGACUGGAUUGCAAAGAACAUAUAUUGGAGCGAUGCAGCCGCCCAUAGGAUAGAGGUUUCUCGUCUUGAUGGACGUAAUCGCCGUGUUUUGUUGUGGGAGAAUAUUGACAGCCCCAAAGAUCUUGCUGUCAAUCCACAUAAUGGCCAUAUUUAUUGGUGUUCUGCCUGGAACGGGGGCUAUAGAAUCGAAGAAGCCAGACUGGAUGGGAAAGAACGCAGAACGGUUAUUGAUGAUUUAGGACACGUGACAUCAAUGACACUUGAUUACGAGAACAACUGGCUGUACUUCGCCGACAGUCUAGUCCACACAAUUGAGCGUAUUGAUUUCAAUGGCAAGAAUAGGAAAAAGUUGCUAACGAAUGUUGCCAAUCCACAAGCUCUUACCCUGUAUAACAGGUCGAUUUAUUUUGGUGACUGGAAAACCAAGUCUGUGGGACGAGCCGACAAAGACACUGGCCAGAACAGAACCAGAAUACUGAAUAAUCUUGAGUUUGUCAUGGAUCUGCUGACUUAUCAUAAAAGCAGGCAGACUGGCACUAACGCAUGCGCAAGUAACAAGCAUGGCUGUAGUCAUCUGUGCUUUGCGCUGGACAAACAGAAUUACACGUGUGGAUGCCCAACUCAUUACAUACUUAAUGACGAUGCUAAGUCUUGCCGCGCUCCAACGACGUUCUUGCUGUUUAGUCAGAAAAAUAACAUUCGUCGGGUGUCAUUCGCCACUAAAGAUAAUCCCGAUUUAGUUCUGCCAAUACCCAGUUAUGAAGACGUCACAAAAAUAGAUUUCGACUUCAGAUCUGGAUCGAUUUAUUGGAUCGAAUCUGAGACGAAAUCUAUUGAAUCUGCAAUGGAAGACGGAAGUAAUUACCAUAAGAUAUAUGACGGACGAGAAAAUCGCGGUAAUCCAUAUGAUCUGACAGUGGAUUCAUAUGCCGGUAGCAUGUAUUGGACAGACAGUGAGGCUGACAAUAUCAACUUUCUUCUUUUCAAAGGAGACAAAAUACCAACUGUUAUAUUUGAGAAAAAGAAAGGUUAUCGGCCAAGGAACAUUGUGGUUUCUUCGGAGGAAGGUUGUUUGUUUUGGACAAACAUGGUGGAUAGCCCGACAAUCGAGAAGUCGACGAUGGAUGGCACAAAUUUCCUGACCCUUGUAAGUUUCAGAGAUGGCAAGCCAGGUGACUUGGCUAUUGAUCACGUUGAACGAAGACUAUAUUGGAUUGACACAUACAAGCGCAAGAUUGAGUCAGUGCUGUUUUCAGGCCAGGGCCGUUUUUCUGUCGUCUUGGACGGACUGUUAAAGCCUCAAGCACUUACAGUGCAUGGUGAUUUCGUGUAUUGCGUGGACAGCGAUACAGAGAUGAUGUAUAGGGCCAACAAGAAGAAGAGUGGUCCUGUUGUAGAAAUUCAUGGAAAAUUCAGCAAUUUGGCAGAUGUGGAAGCAAUUGAUAAAACCCGAAGUAGCGAUCAUCCCUGUUCGAAUAACAACGGUGACUGCAGUCAUAUUUGUUUCGCGUCGCGGAAGAAGAGCCAAUCCACUGAGAUUGUAACGUACGAGAGAAAAUGCGCCUGCCCAGUGGAUUAUCUUCUUGAUCCAGCUGACAAACGGACAUGCAAAAGUAAGGAAGCAUAUUUAUUACCUUGCUGUUUCUUUUUUUCUAACGGUUCCGUCGGAAGAGGAGAGGAAGGAGAAAGGGGAAAAGGGAAGGGGGGACGGGGAAGGGGGGAAGGUUGACGAUGGAAUAAUAAUCUGAUUAUUAACCGUUUUAUACAACUGAUUCAAGCAGCUUUAAAUUUCUUUUGUGUGACCACAGAUUUGUUGUACAGAACUUUAGUGCAGAAACAGCUGGUCAGAAUUAUAUAUUUAUAUUUGUUUUCUUUGCAUACGAGUCGCCCUGCUCAGUAACGAUCUGUAUUGUGUACUAGGCCUAAGUGGAGAGACCAUACUUCUUCUCAAUCAACCUCAAGAGAUUGAAAUCGGAAUGUAUUUGAAUUUUUUUGUCACUAUAAAGGG